AUGCAUUUUCAGAUCAUCAUGAAAUCAUUGAUACUUAUUGGAUUGGUAUUUAUUAUUUAUGUUGCAACAACAAGCACAUUUGGAGCUGAUGAUAAACUUUAUGUAACAAAAAAAGUUUAUUUUGAUAUUGAAAUUGGUGGUAAAAAAGAAGGUCGUAUUGUUAUUGGUUUAUUUGGAGAUGUUGUACCAAAAACAGCGGAAAAUUUUGCACAAUUAGCAGCUGGUACUAAGGGAUUCGGAUAUAAAGGUUCAAAAUUUCAUCGUGUUAUUAAAAGCUUUAUGAUUCAAGGUGGUGACUUUGACCGUGGCGAUGGUACUGGAGGCAAAAGUAUCUAUGGUGCUAAAUUUCCUGAUGAAAACUUCAAAUUGCAACAUUAUGGUGCUGGAUGGCUCUCAAUGGCUAAUGCAGGUAAAGAUACUAAUGGCAGUCAAUUUUUUAUAACCACAGUUAAAACUGAAUGGCUUAAUGAUCGACAUGUUGUCUUUGGCAAAAUUCUCGAAGGUAUGUCCAUUGUACACAAAAUUGAAAAUACCAAAACAGGCCCAAAUGAUCGUCCAACAUCAGAUGUUGUUAUCGCUGAUAGUGGUGUUAUUGAAGUAGCAGACAAAAUUGCCGUCGAGAGAAAACCAGUUGAUGCGAAAGUUUAA